AUGUGGGCUAUCCUGUGUGCGACUCUUCUUCUCCGCAGCUUGAGCAUCUUGUCCCUUUGUCGUCUCCAUGCUUUGCGGAAGAUUGUGUCCAUCGACGCAAUCAUCGUCACCAACGUCAACAUGGCGGAACUAGAGAUCAUCGAUGCCGAAAUCGUCCCGCAGGGCGCUCGCGAGCAAGUGCUUUCGACCAGGCGUGCUCAAAAGGACGACGUUCAAGAUGACCUCUCGGCAUCCCUCAGCUCGCUGUACCCGGUCUACACACGGGAGGAGCGGGAGGCAGCGUUGCGUCUGCUAGCACCAUCCACGCACGACGUAGUCCUCGGCGCUGGUUGGACCAACACUGAGGCAUACGAAGAUGAGAUCGAUGCAUCACGUCGACCGUCGUCCUCUUCAACUUCAUCUUCUGCAUCAAGUCCCGCAACGCCAUCCUCGCUCUUGCCACUCUCUCAAUCAGCCCUGGCGUCACAUUCAAACGGGAUCGCUGAGCUUACAGACGCUCUGCUCGUUCGUUCCUGCUCACAAGGCUGGUCUCUGUCUUUCGAGCUCACUCCGCACCAGCCAGUCCCCUCAGCCUUGCAUCCAGACGAAAUUCUCGUUCGCAACGAUGCUGUCGGCUUGAACCCUGUAGACUGGAAGUCGGUCUCGUUCAACUUUGGCAUCCCUGCAUUCCCCUGGAUUCUGGGUCGCGACAUUGCAGCAACCAUCGUACAGCCUCCUGCUGACAACGCGGAGGCAUGGAAGGUCGGCGAUAGAGUAUGGACGUGCGCUGAUUCGCGAGAGAUGAGGGCGGGUGGAUACCAGAGGUUCUCGGUGCACAAGAAGGGGACCCUGGCCAAGAUCCCGACCGAGAUGGAGGAUGCGGAUGCGGCUACGUUGGGAACGGGGUUGAUCACAGCAGCGGUAGCGCUGUUUGCCUUCUUCAAGUUGCCCUUCGCCCCGUUGACGGAAGUGCAGGGAUUGACGCAGACUCUUGACAAAGUCAGCAUUGCGGACGCCAAGGACGAUCCAAGCGACUGGAUCCUCAUCUACGGCGGAGGUGCAGUCACCGGAAUCUACGCAGCUCAACUCGCAUCCAUCUCCGGUCUCCGCGUCGCCGCUGUCGCUUCGCCGUCUAACUUUGAAUACCUCACGUCGAUCGGCGUUACCGCUUGCAUCGAUCGUCAUCAGGGGAACGAACCAAUCCUCGCCUCCAUCUCGUCCCUUCUCGCCGAACGAGGAGGUCAGAUGAGAUACGCCAUGGACUGCGUCUCGUCCAAGACGUCAGAUCUGUGCCUGAAUGCUCUCCACGCAAACCCAGGCGGAGCUGCAAAGGAACUCAUCUGCCUCGCCGGAAACCCUAAAGCCGAUGCUGGGGACGUCAAAGUGCACAAGAUCUCCUUUUCGACCACUUUCUACCAUGCGGACGGCAAGUUUGCUCGCGAAGUACUGACUUACGUGACCGGCUUGUUGGAACAGAAGAGGCUGAAGCCAUGCAGACCAGAGGUGCUGCCUGAUGGGUUGGCCGGAAUUCGGUAUGUAUCAUGA